CUUCGGCAGUCUCAAAACACAUUCCUGCUGGCAUUUGAUGGUGACACAGAUUUCUCACCAGGUUCUGUAAAAAUCCUGCUUGAUAGAAUGAGAGAUGAAAAUUUCGGUGCAGCCUGUGGCAGAAUCCAUCCAAUUGGAAAUGGUGAGUAUUAGCAAAAACAUUAAUUUUUAUACAUUCAUUUAUUUGUAUUCAUCAUUGCUCUCAUAAGCCUAAAGCCAUAUAAUCUUCGUUGAUAAAAGACAACACUGCAUCUUUCUGUUUAGCUUCUUCUAACCAGCAUUGGACAUAUUUAUUUUCCUUCAUUCUGUUUGCAUUUAUCUCUUCUAAGGUCCUAUGAUAUGGUAUCAGAAGUUUGAGUAUGCCAUUGGUCACUGGCUCCAGAAAGCUGCUGAACAUGUGUUUGGGUGUGUUCUGUGUAGUCCUGGUUGUUUCAGGUAUGGGACUGUAACUUAUUGUUUUUGUUAAUGUGCUAAACAUAAUUUAAUUUCUUGCUGAAACUAUUUUGAAAAUAUACUAUUUAUGAAUGAUGCGUCUCUCUAGAAGAAAAAAAAUAGUGUGUAAAGGGAAGGAAGUGAAGCACCAAAAAAAGAUAAACAUUUUUAAAAGCAUGGUCCUCAUAUUUACAAGUACUCGUUGAAAGAGAAAAAAAAGGCAGAUGCUCAGGAACCGCUCUCCCAUCAUGUAGAUGAGAGGCUAAUGGAAAUCAACAUCCCUCUGAAUUGAUUUUAAGCAAACAACUUUACUACCUGAUAUUGUAAAAACAAACUUCAUUAUUUAUAUAAAGGAAUACAAAUGUUAUAAGUUAUAGGAUUACGGGCUCACCAUUCAAGUACACAAAAAAGACAAUGUUGUUUCACAACACUAAUUUGGUUUUUUUCAUACGUCUUCCAGUUUGUUUCAUGCUGCAGCCCUAAUGGACACAAAUGUUAUGAAAAAAUACACAACUGAGCCAAGUCACCAUUUACAGUUUGAUCAGGGUAGGUUGUCUGCUUGUCCUUAA